CAUUGCUGUGGUCAUGGACCUUUUCACUGACGGUGAUAUCUUUCAAGACAUUGUAGAUGCUGCCUCUAGGCGCCGAGUCCCAGUGUAUAUCAUCCUGGAUGAGGCAGGAGUGAAGUAUUUCCUGGAAAUGUGUCAGGGCCUGGAACUCUCUGACUUCCGUAUUCGGAAUAUUCGUGUUCGUUCUGUGACAGGCGUUGGCUUCUACAUGCCCAUGGGGAAGAUCAAGGGAACCCUGUCAUCAAGGUUCCUGAUGGUGGAUGGUGACAAAGUGGCCACUGGAUCGUACAGGUUCACUUGGAGUUCCUCCUACUUGGACAGGAACCUCCUCCUCCUGCUGACAGGGCAGAACGUGGAGCCCUUCGAUGUAGAGUUCCGAGAGCUGUAUGCCAUCUCCGAGGAGGUGGACUUGUACCGGCAGCUGGGCCUGGCAGGAGGUGCAGGCAGGCACCUCAACUACUCCUCCACCGUGGCUCGCAAGCUUAUCAAUCCCAAGUACGCCUUGGUGUCAGGCAGCCGCCACCCACCAGGGGAGAUGAUGCGCUGGGCUGCCCGGCAGCAGCGGGAGGCUGGCGGCAAUGCAGAGGGGCAGGAGGAGGGCAGCGGAGGUGGCGAGUCGGCCCGGCGCUUGGAGAGCUUUCUGAAUGACCUGGUUACGGUGGAGCAGGUGCUGCCCCCCAUAGAGCCCAUUCCCUCGGGAGAGCUGAGUCGGAAGGAUGGCAGGAUGGUUUCUCACGUGCACAUAGACCUGAAGCCCAAAUCCCGGGAGGCACUUACCCGAAAUGGCAAGGGAGAAGCUGCCAAUGGGGAGGCCACUCCAGCCAAGGAGGGCAAGCGCUUUAGCAGCAGGUUCCUGAGUCGACGGGCCAAGAGGCCCGCAGCGCCCAAUGGCACAACCAGCCCCCUCUCCACCAAGACCUUUGCCGAAGCGGAGAUUCUGCUGGGGAAGAGGGCCAAUGAGGGUUCCAGUGCUGACAUCUCAGGUAAAACAAGUCCCAGUCCUGCCAAGCCCAGCAAUUGCGUGAUUUCCUGA